GCUCCACCAAUAAAAUCAGCUCGAUAACCUGAAGACCGCAAAUAAAUGUAUGAUACGUGGCGGACGUGGCUCGUGGCUUCAAUCUACUGUCGUUACCAUGCUAUCCAAACCCCUUCUAUUCAUCAUCAUCCCUCUCGCUCUCUCCUUUCCCUCGAUUCCAUUCAAAUCUACCUCAUCUCACCAUGAAUUUCGAGGAAAUUGAAGAGCAGGACGGAAUUCGCUUCUCCUUCAACGCAUGGCCUGCAUCGCGAUUGGAGGCCACCAGGACAGUGGUCCCUAUCGCUGCCCUGUACACACCACUCAAGGAGCGCGAGGACUUGCCACUUAUCUACUACGAACCCGUCACCUGCAAGCAGCACACCUGCGGCGCCAUUCUUAAUCCUUACUGCCAAAUCGAUCCUCGCGGAAAGCUCUGGAUCUGCCCCUUCUGCUUGCACCGCAACCAAUUCCCUCCUCAUUACCGUGAUAUCUCCAACACCAACCUCCCGGCAGAGCUGCUUGCUAAGCACACGACCAUCGAAUACACGCUUGCCAGGAGUGCUCAGGUCCCACCCAUCUUCCUGUAUGUUGUUGACACGUGCGUUGAUGAGGAUGACCUUAAGGCCCUGAAGGACUCUUUGGUUGUGAGCUUGAGCUUGCUCCCUCCUCAUGCUCUUGUUGGCCUGAUUACCUACGGCACAAUGACUCAGGUCCACGAGCUGGGAUACAGCGAAUGUCCAAAGUCAUAUGUGUUCCGUGGAAACAAGGAUUACACCAGCAAGCAAAUUCAGGAGAUGCUUGGACUCACCGUUCAGACGAUGCGUCCUCAGCAGCCAGUCAGACCUGGACAGCCCACGCCCUUUGUCCCCAGCGGUAAUUCUCGCUUCCUGCUGCCUAUUCAACAGUGCGAGUACACUCUGUCGUCAAUCUUGGAGCAACUUCAGCGCGACCCUUGGCCUGUUGCCACUGACAAGCGUCCCCAGCGUUGCACCGGUGUCGCCAUGAGUGUUGCCGUCGGUCUGUUAGAGGCUACGUACCAGAAUAACGGCGGUCGGUUGAUGCUAUUUGUCGGUGGUGCUGCAACAGAAGGCCCCGGAAUGGUUGUUGGGACGGACCUCAAGGAACCCCUCCGAUCCCACCACGACAUCGAGAAGGAGAAUGCCAAACAUUAUAAGAAGGCCUCUAAGUUCUACGAAGGCCUUGCUAAGCGUGCAUCGACCAACGGACAUGUCAUUGAUAUUUUCGGAGGAUGCCUGGAUCAAGUCGGUUUGUUGGAGAUGAAAUCAUUGGUCAACUCAACUGGCGGUUUCAUGGUUUUAUCCGACUCGUUCUCAACUGCCAUCUUCAAGCAGAGUUUCCAGAAGAUGUUUGAGAAGGACGCUGAAGGCAACCUCAAGAUGGCCUUCAAUGCCACGCUGGCUGUUCAGACCACAAAAGAGCUGAAGAUCUGCGGCUUAAUCGGUCAUGCUGUGUCCUCCAACAAAAAGACGGCGUCUGUGGGCGAGACUGAAAUCGGAAUCGGCAACACCUCGGCAUGGAAGAUGUGUGGUGUCACUCCCAAAACAACCAAUGGCAUCUACUUUGAGGUCGUGAACCAGCAGGGCCAGUCCCUCCAGCCCGGCUCGCGUGGCCUCAUCCAGUUCGUGACCCAUUACCAGCAUUCGAGUGGACACUUUAAGUUGCGCGUAACUACUGUCGCUCGCAGCUGGGCAGAAGGAAACAGCCCUAUCAUUGGCCAGUCAUUUGACCAGGAGACCGCUGCCGUCCUCAUGGCCCGCAUUGCCGUGUUUAAGGCAGAGAUCGACGACGGCCCGGAUGUUUUGCGCUGGCUGGAUAGGAUGCUAAUUCGCUUGUGCCAAAAGUUUGCAGACUACCGCAAGGACGAGCCGCAAUCAUUCCGUCUGUCUGAAAACUUCUCGAUCUACCCGCAAUUCAUGUUCCAUCUGCGUCGCUCCCAGUUCUUGCAAGUGUUUAACAACUCUCCUGACGAGACAGCCUAUAAUCGCCACGUUCUGAACCGCGAGGAUGUGAACAACUCUUUGAUCAUGAUCCAGCCCACACUCAUGUCUUAUGGAUUCGAGGGUGAGCCCGAGCCCGUUUUACUGGACAGCGUCUCUGUGAAGCCCGAUUCGAUCUUGCUCCUGGAUACGUUCUUCUACACUCUCAUCUUCCAUGGUGAGACCAUUGCAGCGUGGAGGAAGGCGGGCUACCAGGACCAGGCUGGAUACGAAAACUUUAAGGAGCUGCUGGAGGCGCCCGUAGCUAGUGCACAGGAGCUGCUGAUGGACCGCUUCCCCAUUCCUCGCUAUAUUGUGUGCGACCAGAAUGGAUCGCAGGCUCGAUUCUUGCUGUCCAAACUGAACCCCUCAACGACUCACGUUUCUGGAGGUCAGUAUGGUAAUGCUCCUCAGGGACAGGCCAUUUUCACAGACGACGUCUCACUCCAGGUCUUUAUGGAGUACUUGAAGAAGCUGGUGGUCGCUGGUACGUCUUAGAACGGCCACUUAUACCACGGAGGGAGGGAGUGAGGAAACCAGAAGUAGCGAAGUCAGGCAUGGGCUGAUGAAUGUUGAAAUGUUGAACGUAAUACAAAUACAUGAAGGAGUUGAUCUCCCUACACAGAACGACAAUAAAGUGUGCGCGUUGCCAAAG